UUCAGGAUUUUGUUUUAAUUAGUAUCUAAACAUCUCACCACGUGUUUGAAGUUGGGAGGUUAUAGUCGUAAAUAUACAACUGUGAUCCUUUUGUAACUGUUUAUUAAUUAAUAAAUAAUCCUUCGAAAAUGUAUUUAAUGUACUAUCUGAACGAGCAAGGAGAACGUGUGUACACUCUCAAGAAGGUUGAUCCAUCUGGAAAGCCCACGGUAUCUGCUCAUCCAGCUCGAUUUUCACCAGAAGAUAAAUACUCGAGGGAAAGAAUCACGUUGAAAAGACGUUUUGGAUUGUUGUUAACUCAACAAAAAAUGCCAGUAUAUUAAUAAAUAUUAUAGUAUUUACCAACUCAAGAUAUAAAUAUGAAAAUUUUUCAUAUUUCCAUCAUUUCGAUUGUAUUGUCGGUUUAAAAAUUGUAUUGUUUUUUUUUUUUUUUUUAAAUUUGAUAAUAUGAUCAGCUGUAAUUUGUUUAAGACUCAAAAUUAAUAAAUUUUUUAUAUAAUGUAUAAAA